AUGUCUACCCCUGCGAAGAACCCUGCCAACACCGGCAACACCGGCGUCAAUGACUUCAACAAGCUCGCCGAGCUGAAGCCUGCCGACAUCAAGCUCCUCAUCUUGGGAACUCUGUGCGUCUCGGGCAAGAUGGACUAUGACAAGCUCGCUCGUAUCACCGGCUUGAAGAAGACCUCGGCCACUUCCAACUACAACCGCUCCAAGAAGCGCAUGUUGGACCUUGUCGGCGGGGACCUCCCUGAUGACGCCACCGAGCCCACCAACGCUCCUGAUGCCGCUGGUGCCGCUGGUGCCAAGCACCCCUCUCCUGAGGAGACCCCGACCAAGCGAUCUCCCAUCAAGCGUCGCAAGAUUGUGCGCCAGAUCGUGUCCUCCGACGCCGACGAGGAUUUCGAAGAGCAGGCAAUCCAGCGCAAGAAGGACGCUUCGCUCAAGCGUGAUGCCUCCAAGCUCGAUGACUCCAACUAG